GGUUCGAGAAGUAUGAGCGUAUUGGAGAAGAAGCUUAAUGAUGCAUCUUGAUCGAUCAUGGUGGUCACCAUCUGACGUCUGGAUUGCCCCAGCUCAUUCCAGUCUAACAUGUUACCUCAUUCCUCUCUCUCUCUCACUGUUAUCAUGCCGCAGGAUUCGAGAAGUAUGAGCGUAUUGGAGAAGAAGCGUAAUACGAAGUAAGAAGUAGGAGCGUAUUCCGAGAAUCGUGUUGAAGGAUUAGGAACACUUUGAAGUCAUACUUUCACAAGCAAGACGAGUUCAGCGUCCGCCGCUCCGCGCCACGCAUGCAGACUGCAGUUGGCAACGGUCUGCUUGGAGCUCGAGAAGGUCCAGCGGCAGGCAACCUUCCCAUACAAGAGUAAGAAGCAGCAUGUUACGGGAGCGUCUUCAAUGCGUAAGCGUGUAGAAAGAUGGACUCCUGAAGAGGAUGAGCUUUUGCAAGAGGCAGUCGUCCAGUACAAGGCAAAAAACUGGCGACUGGUCGCUAAAGCAGUACCGAAUCGAACAGAAAUUCAAUGUCUACAGAGGUGGCAGAAAGUGUUGAAUCCAGCCAUUGUCAAAGGAUACUGGACCAAAGAAGAAGAUCAGAAGAUGUUAGAAUUGGUGGGAAUGCUUGGCACGAAGCGAUGGGCUGCGGUCGCUCGCUCUCUACCUGGCAGAAUCGGCAAGCAGUGUAGGGAAAGAUGGUACAAUCAGCUUGAUCCCAGUAUCAAGCGCGAUCCGUGGACCGAGGUAGAAGACAUGAGGCUCUUCUUAGCGCACAAGCGGUUUGGGAGUAAAUGGUCUCAAAUCUGUUCAAUACUUCCUGGAAGAUCAGAGAACGGAGUGAAGAACCGGUGGAAUACGCAUAUCAAGAAGAAGGCCUUCAUUUUGGAGGAAUACUGCAGAAUGUUGAAUAAUCAACAAAACCCGUCUCAGAACGAGGAACUUCUGGGCAACGAGGCGGCCAAAAAAGAUUUGCUGUCAAUUUUAGAGUGAUUCGCCUUGAACGAGCAGGACAAUUUCGAGUUCCAGAAGCACGUGCCCGAGGUCGCACAACGGUAAGAACUUUGGAGCUAAGGAUGGCAAAUACAUGAGUUUGACAGACUAUGGCGAUAUUCCAGAGGAGUUUCUCUUCUCUCUAUGAUGAGGACGCCGAUAAGAGUUCUUCACAGUGUGCCCGUUGCGUACGAGGCUUUCAGUUUUUUUAUUGACGAGCUCAGUUUUCAAGUACAAGACUCCGAUGAUGAUCUUGGUUAGGAGUUUGAAGCCAAGGGUCAUGAGGACAUUGGUCAGGAGACGAGAUUGGAGUUACAUAGAGACUCUCCACUCGUUAAGAGUUGGUCCUCUCUAUAUGAUGUACAUGUCGCUUCGCAAGUUAGUUUAAUUCUAUGUCAGUUUAUCCUUUCUCGCUAAGUUUUAUGACUUUUUAUAUUUUAGUUUUUCAACCGUGCAGAGAUGGAUUGUGUCCGAGAAAUCAGAAAGAAGACUAUAUAGUUGGCUGAAAGAUAUAAAGUCUAGAAGAACUUGCAUCUCCUUGUGAGUCACGUGAAUUCAGCAUUAAUGAAUCCGAUGGAUUGAGAUAGAAUAUAAUUGAAUAAAAUCGUUUCCAUAUUGAUAC